GGAUUUUAUUUUGACAUUUGGCAUGAUGGGAAGAGCGCGUCAUCAAAAUUGGAUUGUUCCCCAUAAAGGCCCCACCUCAGAUUGGAGGGUUUGGUGGAACUCAGCAAUUGAAUCGGAAACGAUGAGCAGUGAUAGGAAUAUUGGGGUGGCCUUGGACUUCUCCAAGGGAAGCAAAAUCGCUCUCAAAUGGGCUUUUGACAAUCUUCUCCGCAGCGGUGACACACUCUAUAUCAUUCACAUCAACCAUUCCGAAGCUAGCAAAUCCCGAAACCCUCUCUGGUCCACCUCCGGUUCACCUCUCAUUCCGUUGCCAGAGUUUCGUGAGAAGGAGGUGAUGCACCAUUAUGAGGUCGAUACUGAUCCCGAGGUCUUGGACAUACUUGACACCGCUUCUAGGCAGAAACAGGUCACUGUGGUGGCAAAGCUAUACUGGGGGGAUGCAAGAGACAAAAUUUGUGAAUCUAUUGGGGAUUUGAAGCUUCACUCUUUGGUCAUGGGUAGCAGAGGCCUUGGCCCCAUACAAAGGGUAUUGCUGGGGAGUGUGACCAGUUAUGUGACCACAAAUGCGAGUUGCCCUGUAACGAUUGUGAAAGAGUCUGUCCCUUCUACUAUCUGAUAGGCUUCUGGAUUUCGGUAGGUUGUGCCAUCUUCAUCGGUGACCAGACUGUGUUUCCCUCUGUUCUUGUAUCGUAUACAUGUUUAGUUCGGAUAAGGAACACACUUGAUGGCUAAGGAUUCGUCAAGAGAUUCAUUAAAUAAGUACCAGUAGAAUAUAAUUUGUUACUUAUGAAUUUCAGUUAA